CGUCAGCACGCCCCGACCGCCUGCCGACGUCACCGAGGUCAGCCAGUCGGCAGGAAAAUGGCGACCGCCUACGAAAGAUACAAUUUACACACCACCCCCGAGAAGUUCUUCGUGGAGGCCUGCGACGAUGGCGCCGACGCCGUUCUGGCGAUCGACCGGGUGUCCAACGAGAUGACCCUCACAGGUAAAAAGGACAUUCCUCCGUCGGCCGUCACCAGGCCGAUAUGCGGCAUCAUGGGGACCCUUCGGCUGGUAGCAGGGAUGUACCUGAUCGUCAUCACCAGGAGGGUGAACGUGGGCAGCCUGCUCGGCCAUGCCGUCUGGAAGGCUGUGGACUUUGACGUCAUCUCUUAUAAGAAAACCGUCCUCCACCUCUCUGAGCUUCAGUCUCAGGAGAACAAAACCUUCCUGUCCAUGAUCAACAACGUUCUGACCACAGACGGUUUCUACUUCUGCACGGACUUCGACCUGACGCACACUCUGCAGCGACUGGCCAACACCAGCCCCGACUUCCAGGAGAUGAGUCUUCUGGAGAGGGCAGAUCAAAGGUUUGUUUGGAACGGGAAUCUGUUGAGAGACCUAGCGAGUCAGCCGGAGCUUCACAAGUUUGCACUACCUGUUGUUCAUGGAUUCAUUGUCAUGAAGCCAUGUCGCAUCAACGGGAAGAUCUUCGAGUGGAUCCUCAUAUCGAGGAGGAGCUGUUUCCGGGCGGGUGUCAGAUAUUAUGUCAGAGGGAUUGACUCUGAAGGCCAUGCUGCUAACUUUGUGGAGACCGAGCAGAUCAUUAUAUAUGAAGGAGCAAAGGCUUCUUUUGUACAGACUCGAGGCUCGAUGCCCUUUUACUGGAGUCAGAGACCCAACCUCAAAUACAAGCCCAAACCCAUCAUCAGUAAAGCCGGAAACCAUUCGGAUGGUCUCCAGAGGCAUUUCGACUCUCAGACCCUCAUCUACGGGAAGCAAAGUGUUCUGAACCUGGUGAAUCAGAAGGGCUCGGAAAAGCCGCUGGAGCAGGCCUUUGCCAAGCUGGUGUCCAGCAUGAGCACUGGGAUGAUCAGCUACAUCGCCUUCGACUUUCACAAAGAGUGCAGCAAAAUGAGGUGGGAUCGCCUGCAGAUUUUAGUGGAUUCUGUGGCAGAAGCGCAGGAUGAAUAUGGUUACUUCAUGGUGAACACGGACGGAAAGAUCCUGAUCCAGCAGAGCGGAGUCUUCCGGAGUAACUGCAUGGACUGUCUGGACCGGACCAACGUGAUCCAGAGCCUUCUGGCCCGCCGUUCGCUGCAGUCUCAGCUUCAGCGGAUGGGGAUUCUGAACGUUGGUCAGCGCGUUGAAGACCAGGCCGAAUUUGAAAAGAUCUACAAAAAUGCAUGGGCUGACAAUGCCAAUGCAUGCGCUGUUCAGUAUGCUGGAACUGGAGCCUUGAAAACAGACUUCACCAGGACGGGGAAGAGGACCAGGUGGGGGCUGCUGAUGGAUGGAUGGAACUCCAUGAUCCGCUACUACAAAAACAACUUUUCUGAUGGUUUCAGACAGGAUUCCAUUGACCUUUUUCUGGGGAACUUUGCCGUGGAUGAGUCGGAUGCUGCCACUCCUCUUCGUGUGCAGAAGGACUGGAAGUUCCUGACGCUGCCCAUCGUGAUGCUGGUGGCCUUUUCCAUGUGCAUCGUCUGUCUUCUGAUGGCUGGGGACACCUGGACAGAGACCUUCGCCUACGUGAUGUUCUGGGGGGCCGCCAGCGCCAUCACCGCCACCAUCAUCCUCUUUAACGGACAAGACUUUGUUGACGCCCCCAAACUGGUCCACAAGGAGAAGAUGGACUGAGAGCGUGCACGUGUGUGCAUGCACGUAUGAGAGGCACUUUGAUACCUCAUCUUCAUCGUCUUUGUCUCCAGAUCUGCUGCCAGACCUGUUGUCUGUUUUUGUUUUCUGGUUUAACUGCAGUCUUUGCUCUGUCUGCUCCAUUUGGAGUCUGUUAGUCAGUUUACACUAAAAUAUCAUUUCUGUACAGUUUCAGUGCUGUUUACUUCUUUUAGCUCGGGUUUUUCUGUUGAUUCAGUUCACACCUCUGAGUUAAAACAUCCUGUUUUCAGCCUGAAUUGUCUCAAUAACAAGGGGGACUCAAACAUGAACUUAUUAAAGUAUACAUGGAAUAUAA